AUGCGCAAAGAGCUCGGUCACCUGCUGGUUAUCGGAAGCGUACAAGGAAGUCUAGACUGGAUGUUAACCUAAGCUGAAACAAAAUACAUCUCCGCCGGAUAGUAGUCAUCUGCUCGUCAGCUGUUAGCUACAUCGGCGUGACAAGAUGUUUAAAAAACUUAAGCAGCGGAUAAACGAGGAGCAGUCGCCGCAGAGGAAUGCGCAGUCACCACAGCAGGCCCAGAUGGGCAGUGGAGACCGGCGCAGCAGUCAAACCCCCCCAUUUCAUCAUGAUGGCUCGCCCUCUCCAAGUGACAGAGAGGUGCUGGCUGGGAUGAUAGCCGAGCCCGCUUUUCUCUCUGAGUAUACUAUCUUUGCUCUGGACCAUUCAAAACAACCCAAAACGGCCCAGGUAGCCAGUGUGAGCACCCCUAAAGGGCCAGCAAGAUCUCCCAGAGGUAGCAUCAAUGGAGAUGGAAGUGCUUCUCCUCAUAGAGAGGAAACACAGUCAUUAGCCCAGAAACUGCAGUUAAGAGUUCCCUCCAUGGAGUCGUUGAUUCGUGGUGGCGCCAGUCGGGCAGAAAGCCUGUUCCGCUCUCCCUCUAAAGAGAACCUGGUCCGAAGCUCAUCGCGUGAGUCCCUGACACCUUUGGGAGAAAAUGAGUCCCUUGGCGCCCCCACAUACGAUCCCCCGUCAGAUAUUGAGAGCGAAGCUGAGGAGCCACCAGGAAGUGCAGAGUCCCUUUCCAAAGAGCAGUUGUUGCACCGACUGCUUAGAGUGGAGAGGAGCCUGGGGAAUUACAGAGGGAAGUACUCCGAGCUGGUUACUGCGUACCGAACAGUGCAACGAGAGAAAGAAAAAACGCAGGUCAUCCUCAGCCAGUGUCAAGAUAAAUCUCUCCGCAGGAUAGGGGAGCUACGGGAGGAGCUUCAAAUGGACCAGCAGGCCAAGAAACACCUACAAGACGAGUUUGACGCAGCGCUAGAAGAGAAAGACCAGAUGAUCACUGUACUCCAAACACAGGUUGCUCUGUUGAAGAAACGAGCCAAGGGGGUCUCUGCCGGUGCUGUGCCACCUGAGGGGGACGUUCCUCAAUCUGAAGAUGCAGAUUCAGACUCAACCUCUUCCACACAAAGUCCUUUGAAGGAGCAAGGAGUAGAGCCUGAAGUCACUGAGGGAGAGGGCAACAGUGAUCCAACCAAACUUAUGGAGGCUCUGCAGAAGAGAGUGAAGAGGCAGGAAAACCUGCUGCAGAAGUGCAAAGAAGUGAUGCGAACACACAAGGAGCGCAGCGCCCAGCUGGGCACUGAGAAUGAAACUCUGCAGGAGCAGCUGCAGGAGAGACUGCAGGAGCUGGAGAAGACUAAGGAACUGCACACUACAGAAAAGACUAAGUUGAUCACUCAGCUGCGUGAUGCCAAGAACCUCAUUGAACAGCUGGAGCAGGACAAGGGAAUGGUUAUUGCUGAGACAAAGCGCCAGAUGCACGAGACACUGGAAAUGAAAGAAGAGGAGGUUGCACAGCUACGCUCCAGGCUCCAGCAGGCUACUGCCCAGAAAGAAGAAUUACAGGAACAGAAAGAAAAGGCGGAGAAAUCAGCAUUUGAAGAACUUGAACGAGCGCUGGGUGUAGCUCAGAGGGCGGAAGAGGCCCGAAAACAGCUGCAGGUUCAGCUGGAGGAGCAGGUGAAAGAGGUUGAAAGGGCCAGUGAGGAAGAGAGGAAGACUCUGCAGCAGGAACUCACACGAGUCAAACAGGAGGUUGUCACCAUCAUGAAGAAAUCAUCGGAUGAAACUGUGGCCAAAAUGGAAAAAUUCCACAGUGAAGCUUUGGCUGCUAAAGAAGAAGAGAUCAGUGUCCGAAUCAACAAAGCUGUGGAGCAAUGCAAAGAGGAGUUUGCCCAGUUAGGCAAAGAGCGGGAACAGCAGUCCUCUCUGGCUCUGGAGGAUGUAGAGUUACAGAAGACCGCUCUGAGGACUGAAGCUGAAAACAAGGUUAAAGAGUUACAGCUGGAGCUGGAAGCUGCAAAAACUAGAGUAUUGGAGUUGGAGAGCUCUCUGGAGAAGUUCUCACAAGAUGGAUCAAGUCUGUCUCAUGAACUUUCCAGUCAGUUAGACGAGUUGAAGUAUCAACACAAAGAGCAAAUCUCUGCAUUAGAGCAACAGCACCAGGAGCAACUGGAAAUGCACAAGGGCACCCUAACGCAGCAGAAUAAUGCUGCUCUUGAGGAGCUCAAGGAAAAACACAGAGUUGAAGUGGAGGCCCUCCUGGAAGAUAAGGAACUGCAGUUCCAAGCACAUGUUGAAGACAUGAACCAGAAAACUUUGGAGAAACUGGAUGCAAAGCAGGCAGAGCUAGAGGCAGUUUCUGCUGAACUUUCUGAGGCUUUGAAGAGUAAACAGCUUCUGGAGGAGAGGUUGGUGGCAGCAGCUGAAGAUGCUCAUAGUUCCGCUCAACAGGAACAUGAGAAGAGGUUUCAAGAUCACGUGGAAAAGCACAAUGUAGAGCUUGCAAAUAUCAAACGGGAACAUGCGCAGUCACUUGGAGGUCUAGAGAAAACUCUGAAGGAGGAACUUAACGCGUUGAGGAUUGUUCUGAGAGAAAAGGAAAAGGAAAUUAAAGGUCACAUCCUAAGAGAAAAAACACUACAAGAGGAAUCGCAUUCCACUGUACAACAAUUAAAUGUCAAGGUUAAGGAAUUGGAAGAACUGCAGCAAUGUUUGUCACAAUCCCAGCUGGAUAGUGUGAGCCUAAAGGAAUCAAAUGCACAGUCAAGUAAGAUGUUAGAGGAGCUUGAUCAGUGUAAGAAGGAUUUGGAGCAUCAAUUGGAAGUAGCAAAGAAUGAUUGUCAACUAAAAGAGAAGUCUCUUCAAGAACUAGAGCACCAAUUACAACAGACCAAAAAGGAGCUCUCGGAGCAGGAGAAGUCAUUUACUACAGAACUGAACACUAAGCAGGAAGAACAAACUCGCCUCAAGAAACAGCUGGAUGAUGAAAAAGCUGCCCACGAAAAGAAGAUGAAAAACACGGUAACUGAGAUGGAAGCUAAGCUGAAAACACAGGAAACAAAAAUGGAAAAAUUGAAACACAAGGCCAAAGAAAUGCACGAGAGUUAUAAGAAAAAGCUUCAGCAGAAUGAAGAAGCCAUGAAGAAAGAACUUGCAAAGAAGGAGAGAGAGCUUCAGCAGACAGAGCAACAAGUCCAAGAGAAAAUUGUAGAGAUGGCCCAAAAAAGUUCCCAAGGCCUUAGCAGUGCAAUGUCAGAGCUGCAGGCCAACCAUAAGGAGGAAGUGGAGAAGCUACAUGACACCCAUAAGCGUGAGAUUGAGGAGCUGGAGCAUCGUUGGCAGGAGAAGUUAGGACAGCAGGAGGAAGAAUUAACUGAGAAACACUCACACAUACUACAAGAGAAGGCUCAGGAACUGGAGGACGUUUCUCAGCAACUCAGCAGAAGCAAAGAGGAGAACGGGCAAGUGUUGUGUGAAAUAAAGGAUUUAAAGGAGGGCCUGGCCAUUCGAGAAACCACCGUGCAGAAGCUGCAAGAAGAGCUCAAUGCGGCAGCGGUUAAGCUCGAAGGUUUGUCUCAGGGUGAAGCUAUGCUCAAAGAGCAAAUGGAGUCAGUGGAGAGGAACCUCAGCCAGGCUCUGAAGGAGAGAAACUCCCUCCAAGACAAGCUUAACACAACAAAGGAAGAGAACCAAGAGAAGUUAAAGACCUUGUCAGGAAAUUUGAAAGAAUUGGAGAAGCAGCGUAAAGCGCUGGAAGGUUCCAGAUGUAAGGAAAGCGAGGACUUGCAGAAUAAAUUUGAGGAAACUGCUACUCAGCUACAAGCCAAGGAAGCACAGUUCCAGCAGCAAUUAAUUAUGAUCGGAAACCAAAUGGAGCAUUACUGUAAAGAGGUUCAGGCUAAAGUGGAGUGUGGAUCUAACGAACUCAGUCAUAGAGUUGAAUGUAGGUUGAACGAGCUGAAAGACAGACUGCUCUGCACAAAAAAUGUGGUGAAUCUCAAAAACGUUAUCCUCAAUAAAGUAGAUAGAAUUUGCACUUUAGAGGAGAAUCUGCGCCUGCAGACAGAGGAGAAUAAGAAUCUAUGCAUUUCAUUGGAACAGAUGACUGCUCAGGGAAAUGCUCAUAUAGAGCAUGUCAAAGCCUUAACACAUGAGAAGGAGAAUCAUUCUCAGUCUAUCAAUGAGAAAGCUCUGAAAAUUGCAGAGCUGAGUGAAGCAAACAGACUCAUAUCAGAAAGUAUGAAAACAAACGAGUCGCAUAUCAGUAAACUGGAAAGCAUCACCAGUGACUUGAAAAAUCAGCUAGCAAGUAGCAUAAAGGAGAAGGAGGAAGCCAUAAAUCAGCUGACCCAGCAGUAUAAAGAGGAUGCUGCUCAAAUGGAGGAGACCAUUAAGAGAUUAGAGCAGGAGAGAAAGUCUGCUUUAGAGCAGGCAGAUGCACUCAGGAACACUCUGUCUGAGUAUGAGAAGAAAACGGAGUCAAAGUUCGCCCAGAAUGGCAACACCAUUACCUCUCUGCAGACCAGGCUCGAUGAGCUGGAGCGAGAAAUCUGUGAGAAGAACGAAGCCCUGCAAAGGCUGACUGCAAGUAUUGACAAUCAGUCCAUCAGCAAGUCUGAGAUGGACCAAGCGUUGAGUGAGAAGGAGCAGAAGGUCAGCAGCCUUACCUCUGAGCUGGAGAGUUGCAUCAGUCGACUCGGUGAGCUUCAGGAGCAGUUAGCCUUAAAGACAAAAGAGUGCGAGCAACUCACAGCUGACCUCAAACAGCAACACAGCAUCAAGGAGAAUGAAAAGAGAGAGCUGGUGGAGCAGCUGCAGCAGACCCAGAUGCAGUGCACUCAGAAUGGUAAUUUGGAGCAGGAGAUGGUGGAAAAGCUCCGUUCCCUCGAGGAAGACAACCAAAAGUGCAAACACGAGCUUGAAAGUCAAAGGGAUGAAUUUGAAAGGAUGAAAGACGAGAUUAUCAAGAGCAAAGAGGAAAGUCUGAAGAAUGCUGAAGAGAAGUUAUCCGCGGAGAACACUCGCAAAGUAUCGGAGCUGAAGAAGAAAGCAGAGCAGAAAAUCGGUCAGAUUAAAAAACAGCUAACCUCACAGCUCGAGGAAAAAGAGCAGGCGAUCAAGGCUCUUCAGACUAGCCUGGAGGAAAUCAAGAGCAAUGAAACGUCCAGCAAACAACACACAGAAGCGUUAGAGGAGAAAACAAAAACACUCGAGGAAGCUCUCGUCAAGCUUAAGGAAGAGCAGGAGCAACAACUCGAACAAAUUCUGACUAACGAGAGGCUCGAUAAAGAAAAGUCUUUAGAGGAAUUAAAAAACUUCUAUGAAGAGAAGUUGUCUUUACUGAUGAGCGAUGCAGCGCAACAAGGGGAGCUCAAAGAAACCAAGUCAGCGCUACAUGACAUCGAAGCAAAGCUAAAAGAAGCGGAAGAGCAUAACGGAAACCUUCUCGCAGCAAUAAAUCGCCUGAAAGAAGAAAUGUGUGAGAAGGAUGCUCGGCUUGAUGAACAGCAGGCAACUAUUAAGCAGGUUCAAAACCCAUCAGAACCUGAGGCUGAGACGAAGGUGGAAUGUAGCAGCAUCCAGCAAACCAGGAGCGCGAUGCAAGAGGUGGACGGUGAUUCUCUGGAGUCUGUCAAGAGCAAUCUGCAUCAGGUGAAGAACGAGAGAGAGAAAAUCCUCAAGGACUUCGCCCGGCUACAGAAAGACAUCCGAGUACUGAGGAGGGAGCACGAACAGGACCUAGAAUACAUGAAGAAAGAGUUGUUAGAAGAGAAUGAGAAAAAGCUGAAACUGGAGUUGGAAGAUAUGGAGAUGAAGCACAAUUCUGCUAUCAAGCAGUUAAUGAGGGAGUUCAACACACAGAUGGCUUUGAAAGAGAGGGAGAUGGAUACAGCAGUGAAGGAGACUAUUGAGAAGGCCCAGACUGUGGAGGAAGAGCUCAUGAGUAGCCAUCGGGAAGAAGCCAGUCAGCUGAGGAAGGUGAUUUGCCAGAAGGAGGAUGAUUUGCAAAGAACUGUUAAGAAAUAUGAAGAGGUUUUACAGAGUCGAGAGGAGGAGAUGGGAGGCCGAGUGUGGCAGGUUCAGAAAGAACUGGAGGAGUUGCAAGCAAAGGGCCAUGACACUACUGAGAUGAGCAUAGAAGACCUACAGGCUCAGCUAGCCGAGAAGACAACUUUGCUGAGCGAGGCUCGGCUGAGGGAACAGGGCUUUGCUGAGAGAAUUCACUCGCUUGAGGACAAGAUUAAAUGUUUCCACCGAACCACUGUUGUAACUCAUCUCGGGAGCACAUUCAAAGAGCCUGUAUACAACAGCAGUGAACCUACUGAGAUGGAGUACCUGAGGAAGGUGUUGUUUGAAUACAUGAUGGGACGGGAAACAAAAACGAUGGCCAAAGUGAUAACCUCCAUGCUCAAGUUUCCUCCAGACCAAGCACAAAAGGUUUUGGACAAAGAAGACUCAAAAGCGGUUCCUUGGUUACGAUGAGUGUGUGGAUUAUUCGGGUAUUUAUGGAUGAAAAUCUGCUGCUGCUGAAGGGGAAGACUGCCUUGGAUUUGCUGAGGCCCUACUCUCUGCAUUGUGUGUGUGUGUGUGUGUGUGUGUGUGUGUGUGUGUGUGUGUGUGUGUGUGUGUGUGUGUGUGUGUGUGUGUGUGUGUGUGUGUGUGUGUGUGUGUGUGUGUGUGUGUGUGUGUGUGUGUGUGUGUGUGUGUGUGUGUGUGUGUGUGUGUGUGUGUGUGUGUGUGUGUGUGUGUGUGUGUGUGUGUGUGUGUUGCAGUAUGCAUGAAUAUAUCUAAAGGUAUGAGGGAAUUAGAAACACAAAUCUUCCACAAAUCUAAUUUUACUCUGACAUUAAGUUUGUUAUUUUAUAUGUUUAGAUGAAGUGAAAUUGAUUCCUUUUUAUUUUAGAAUGUGUUUAUACAGAUUGGCUUGUGCAAUAAAUUAUAUCAUUAUCACGUAUUGAUGCUGACAGAUCAGUUGAUUUAUAGGUUUCUGUGUUGUGCUGUUGUCUCAAUCACUUCCUCUGUAAAACUGUAAACGACCCUUUAACUGUGCUCUCGCACCACAUUAAGAUAUACUGGCCCUGGACCUUGUUUGUUUAACACAGCUUUUCUAUGCUUUAUAUUUUGUCACUACACUGACAUAGAGACACAAAAACACAACUGUAAAUUGUACUAUGAUAAUUAAGACUGUAUUAUAGGGCACUCUAUGGCUUGCUAUACAUUUUCAGAUUUAACUAAUUAAAUCUUAUUUACAGAA